ACAAAUAAAUUUAUUUCAAGUAGCGCACGCCGUGCGAACAUCCGGGCAUCUCAUCAUAUUUCGUCGGAAGACAAAUUUGUCAUUGUUUCUUCGCUGUGGCAAUUUCUGAUGGCACACUACGUGUACCCAACAGCUAAUGCUGCCCAGUCUGCACCGACAUACCCAGCUGCUGUGCAGACAGCGUUUGUCGCAGCCACUCCUCAGGCUGCAGCAUAUGCAACUGCUCCAAGGGCUGGACAGGCUUAUGAUGCUUAUCAAACACAACAUACAACCCCACAAUAUGCAUAUGCCAGGACACAAGUUGCAGUUACACCUGCAGCCACAUAUGAACAGAAAAUGUAUUACCAGCCAGCACAGGCGGCAGCCACGUACACUACUGGAGAAACCCAGUACCAACAGCAGGCCGUGGUAGUAAAACCAUCCUACACAACUGGAACAACAUACACUGCUCAGAGGCAGGCAACAGUUCCUAAAGUUCAAACUGUGCAGGUGACCUCAGCUCCGACCAACUAUGUGUACACAGCUGGAGCUUCUACCCAGUCGGUGUCCACAUACAACCCUGCCACCACCUACCAGUCCACCACAAGUGCUACCACAUCAACAUACUCUGGUUAUGAUGCUGCUCUGUACUCAGCUGCUACCAGCUACUAUCAGCAGCAGCAGGCAGCCAAGGCCACUGGUAACUGGUCCACCCUGAAAAAGGCCGGCCCCACAACACUGGGAAAGAACGGAGUGGCAGGAAAACCCAAGGUUAAUAAACCACCUCAGCUUCACUACUGUGAUGUCUGCAAAAUCAGCUGUGCUGGCCCACAGACAUACAGGGAGCACCUGGAGGGUCAGAAACACAAGAAGAAGGAGGCUGCAGCCAAAGCAGGACUCGCUUCCUCUACAGCAAGGGGCGGGCAGAAUCAGCUUCGCUGUGAGCUGUGUGAUGUCACAUGCACAGGAGCGGAUGCCUAUGCUGCCCAUGUAAGAGGAGCAAAGCAUCAAAAGGUAUUGAAGCUGCAUACAAAACUUGGCAAGCCAAUCCCCUCAUCUGACCCUGUUGUGGUGGGACAGACAAAGUCUACAACCUCUUCCACAGCAGUCAAACCUGUAGCUGUCGCACCGAAGGUCCCAACUGCCACCAUAACUGCUGCCAGCACUGCUGCUGUCAAGAAAGUCCUUGCCACACCAAAAAUCACCUUUGUUGGUGGGAACCAGCUGAAGACAACUGGCAUCAAGAUGGAGGAGGUGAAAGCUGCUCCAGCCCCGGCUGCAACCCAGGCAGCUCCUAUGGAUUCUGAUGACGGGGAUGAUGGACCACUGAAUAUUCUUGGAGAAAAAGAUGUGGCCCCUGUUGGUCAUGAGUACAUAGAAGAGAUCAAGAAUGAGGCGACAGGGAAGAUUAUCAGCUUCAACUGUAAACUGUGUGAGUGCAAGUUCAAUGAUCCCAACGCCAAGGACAUGCACAUGAAGGGACGUAGACACAGACUGCAGUACAAGAAAAAGGUAGACCCCAGCCUGCAGGUUGAGAUCAAGCCAAGUAUCCGUGUACGGAAGAUUCAGGAGGAGAAGCUGCGGAGACAGGCACAGAAGGAAGAGUUCUGGCGCAGGAAGGAACAGGAACAGAGGAUGGAGGAGGAGUAUUACUGGGCUGAGCAGCGUCGGUUCCAGGAAAUGGAAAUGUAUGAGUGGCACCGCAUGGGCCGCCCUGGCAUGCCCCCACCGCGCUUCGGACCUCUUCCUCCUGGUAUCAGGAAGCCUGACUCCUCUGAUGACCGACAUGUGAUGGCAAAGCAUGCUGCCAUCUACCCUAAUGAAGAUGAGCUCCAGCAUGUGCAAAACAUUGUGUCUGCUUGUGAAAAGGGGCUUAAACUUGUCUCUGACCAAGUCGCUGAAAGUGAUGCGAAGGUGAGCAAGGUGGAGGUGAAGAAGGAGUCUGUGGCGGCGCCAAAGAAGGAGCCAGUGGCCCCCAAAAAAGAGGCUCCUAAGCCCAUCAAGCCCGUAGCAACAUCGUCGGACCCGAAAAAGGAUGAUGAUAUUAAGGAGGGUGCGACUGGUUGUUUUGGUCACCGAGAUACACCAGAUGACUCCGCCCCUCCUCGUGUGCUGAAGGGCGUAAUGAGGGUUGGGGUGCUGGCGAAGGGACUUCUGCUGCAUGGGGACCUCAACGUUCAUCUGGUUGUUCUCUGCUCAGAGAAACCCACACGCACUCUUCUUGAGAGGGUUGCUGAUGGCCUACCAAAACAGCUCACUACUGUGACGGAGGAGAAGUAUGAUGUGAAGCGUUGUGUGGAGGAGGCUGCCAUCAUCGUGACCAACAACAUGGAGCCCCAUGUGUCAUGCACCAUCACCCUCACAUCCCCCAUCAUGCGUGAGACGGCUGAAGCAGAGGCCAGCACAGUGAAAGAUCCACCAGAUGUUCUGGAUAGGCAGAAAUGCCUUGAUGCCCUGGCAGCCCUUCGACAUGCAAAAUGGUUCCAGGCUAGAGCCAAUGGUCUGCAGUCAUGUGUGAUUGUCAUCCGAAUCUUGAGGGAUCUAUGUCAGCGUGUACCAACCUGGACUCCGCUUAAUGAAUGGGCCAUGGAGUUGCUGGUUGAGAAGUGUGUGAGCUCCGCCCCGACCCCUCUCAGUCCUGGGGAUGCCCUCCGCAGAUUGUUUGAGUGUAUUGCUUCUGGAGUUUUACUGCCAGGAGGUCCUGGACUGCUUGACCCAUGCGAGAAGGACCCUGUGGAUGCUGCGUCCGGCCUCAGCAACCAGGAGCGUGAAGACAUCACAGCAUCAGCACAGCAUGCAUUGCGGCUGAUAGCAUACCGGCAGAUCCACAAAGUUCUGGGUAUGGACGCUCUCCCAGUUCCAAGGUUUGCCAGACGACCUUUUGCCAACCGCAAACGCCGCCGCACAGACAGCACACAAGCUGAUGGUGAAGGGGAAGGCACAGCUGCAGAAAAGAAGGAUAAGAAGGAGGAUGAAUCUAUGGACACAAAGUAAACAGCUGGGUGCCCUGGUGGGAAGGUGCUGCAGUGUCGCUAUCUAACAGUGUAGUCCUCCCUGGUGGGGGAUGGCUGCAACAUUGCCAUCAAACUACUAUAAACAAUGUUUCUUCUGUCGAGAAGAAGAAAAUAAUUAAACUUGAUUAUAGAAGUGGCUUUGGUUUGCAGGAACUACUAGACGUUAAAUUGUAUAUUGCUAUUUAGAUGGAGUUGUCCUUUGUGAACACAUUGUAUUACAAUAAUAUUCGUACAAUAUUAGCAAUGUAAAUGUGUUUUUUCAAUACUUAAUCACUGAAAUACAUAUUUUCUUGUUGCUGAUCAGUGUGUUUCAGUUGAAUUAUUAAUAUGUAUUGUUAUUUAAUGAUUUAUUGAAUGUGAAGUGAGGAAUAGUCUUCUUAGGGUUUUCUUGUUGCUUAUCAAGUGUGUAUAUAAUCCUGUUUGCCUGUUUGGUCAGAUUCAGUCAUUAGUGUUGUGUUUCUGUUUCUUCACAUAACUUCAUUCACCUUUGCAUACAUUUAGCCAUUUCAGCUGUACCCGUUACAGAGACCCUGCAUUGUCUGCAUGUUCAAGUAUUCUGGGUUGAGCUCUUUUCUGAAGAAAAUGUUGUGAAGCAAAUGUCUUGAAUGUCUCAUAUUUUUCUUAAAAAAGAUCCAGGAGUCUUCUCAUUUCUUCGUUUAAUAGAUGCCGACCAAUAUAUUGAAGGGUUCAACAUUAUUUGUUGUCAAAUGUUCUUAUAGCUAUGUGCAUGUGUUCGUACUUACAAUUUCUCAAUAUCUAUUUUUCAUUACAAAAAACCCAUGAGUCUUGUCAUGAUGUUCCAUUUGUAGUCAACUUUCUAUGUAAUAAAGUGUUAAAAAGA